CCUCGCUUCUCCUGAACUUGUACAUACACAGGUCUGAACACUAUUUGGCGCCUAUGAUGGCACGCGCAUUUGCAGAGGAAGAUGCCAUCCCUAACGACUGGCGGACCCGACAGCCCGGCCUGACCAUCUGGUUGCUUGUCUCAGUCAUUCGCGUCCCGCUGCUCGCUUUCUUCUAUAGCAUCUACUAUAUUCUACCCUCAUUUCGACAGAGCUCGACAUGGACCUAUCGUCAGGCAUUCACCACCCGGCUGACAAAGAUAGCUAUGACCGUCAUCCGUGAAGUCGGCUUCACACAGUCUCUGAGUCUCGAUGCCGGCAAGCUGGGCGACCGCUGGGUGGUCAUGAGUCCCGCCUCCGCCGACUGCUAUGGUGGUGCCUUUGCUAGUGAUACCAUCAAGCCCGAGGCGAUCGGUGCGACAUGGUAUCCUGAUCCUCCGCUCAAGGCAUCGCCACAGUUGGUCAAGAAUGAUGACGAGGAAGACGACGACAAGAGUCUGGUGGUUCUUUCGUUCCAUGGCAGCGCUUUUCUAUGGCUGACUGGCCAACCUGACGACUCGGGGUUCACAGCCGACCUGCUGAACACGAAGCUGGGUGCCGGUGCCCGGUCGCUGUGGGUGCAGUACCGUCUCGCGGGCGGCAACAAUCCCACCCCGUAUCCCGGGCCCAUGCAAGACACCAUCACCGCAUAUCUCUACCUUGUCCAAGAUUUGGGCAUCUCCCCGUCUCGCAUCGUGCUGGCAGGUGAUUCUUCGGGGUCCACCAUGGCCAUGGCUCUCCUGCGCCAUCUCGCCUCGUUCCAGGACAAAGCCGGUCAUGUCCUUGCCGAGCUGCCACCGCCCAGGGCAUGCCUCUUAUUUUCACCAUCCGUAGAGUACAGCUACGAAGGCGACUCGCAGGCUGUCAACACCGAUCGAAAUCAAUCGACCGACUAUUGCGACGGACAGAUGGCAGCAUGGGGAGCGCGGGCCUUUGCACCGCCGGAGACGGUCCGUCUGGAUGAUCCCUACCUCUCGCCAUCGCUGCAUCCAUUCGCGACGCCGGUUCCAAUUUUCACUCAGGUGGGGGGCGCGGAAAUCCUGUGUGACAGUGUGAGGAGAUUCGUGGACGCAAUGCGCGCCGUUCCGGGUAAUCGGAUCGAGUAUCUCGAGGUCCCAGACGUGCCGCACGACAUUUAUAUGAUGGGACAUAUGCUGGGGUGGCCAGAGGAACAGACUAAGAUGAUGGAAGCGGCGGCAGAGUUUGUUCGAAGAGUCUAACUGUACACCUUAUAAUAUCCUGGUUAUUGAUUGUGCUUAUAAUUCGUUUUGAGUUAUAGCCGUUUGCUUCCACCAACACAUAGACCAUUUUCACUCCCAAGGCUCUGUCUCUAUUCUGAUCCCCAAUCUAUAAACCAAAAACUCGACGAAAUGCCCUUACAUCACAAUUACUAUGAAACACCAAACUAUCCUCAAAUCCUAC